AUGGCGACGCAAUACGAAGUUGAGCACGGCAUCAAGGCCUCCAACACGGCGCCCGGCCGCCGGCGGCAGGUCGACAUGUCCACCUUCACCUCGCACCUGCACUCCAUCUCCGGGUCGACUGAUGACCCCGCCGCGCCCGACGCCCAGCAGCACAACAACCCGCACGCGACGGCCAACCCGGUCGACAUGGCGGCGCUGUUCCGCCUCGUGCAGGACCAGAUGGGCACGCUGGCGCGCGACGCGCCCACCGAGGCCAACCGCCAGCUGCUGCAGGAGCUGAUCCUCUCGCUGGACGAGAGCAUCCUCAACCCGCCCUCCGACGUCCCCGGCGUCUCCCAGGAGUACCUCGACACGCUGGACCGCGUGCCCAAGAAGAGGCUCAAGGCCGACGAGAGCUGCCCCAUCUGCGCCGAGAAGUAUCUCGACGACCAGUACCCGCUCGUCGUCGAGCUGCCGUGCCACCACAGCCACCGCUUCGAUCUCGAGUGCGUGGGGCCCUGGCUGCAGAGCAAAGGCACUUGCCCGCUGUGCAGGAAGGACCUCACUAAGAAGAAGGAGGUGGUGGUGCAGGAUGACGAGGAGGAUGAUGACCCCGACAUGCUCUACGCAUGA